AUGUCAACUAACCAAAGAGAGAGCUUGGGAAAAGUUUCCAAGAAAAACGUAAAGGAGAAAGACAGCCAGCUAGCAUUGGGGUUGUGGAGGAAGAACCUUCACGGCGGCGAUCUGGUGGUUUCCGUCUAUUCUUCCGCUUCAAUGGAGUCUCACGGCUCUGGACUCAGCCGUGUGUUUCUCUUGGCAUUUUGUGUCGCCGGCAUUUGGGCCGCGUAUAUUUAUCAAGGCGUCCUUCAGGAGACUGUGUCGACAAAGAGAUUUGGUCCUGAUAAAAAGAGGUUCGAGCACUUGGCGUUCUUGAACCUUGCUCAGAGUGUGGUGUGUUUGAUAUGGUCAUUCUUAAUGAUAAAGAUUUGGUCCAAUGGCGGAAACAGUGGUGCUCCAUGGUGGAGUUAUUGGAGUGCUGGUAUUACGAACACGAUCGGUCCCGCUAUGGGUAUUGAAGCUUUAAAGUACAUCAGCUAUCCUGCUCAGGCAUUGUACCUGUCUCUUAUAAACUCUUAUUUUUAUUUUGCAGUGAUGCUGAUGGGUACUCUAGUUUAUGGGAUACGGUACUCCUUUCCUGAGUAUGUUUGCACAUUGCUGGUUGCUGGUGGUGUAUCUACUUUUGCACUUUCAAAGACUAGCUCGAAGACUAUUAGCAAGCUAGCACACCCAAAUGCUCCACUUGGAUAUGGGCUUUGUUUUCUGAACCUUGCUUUUGAUGGGUUCACUAAUGCCACUCAGGAUUCAAUUACUACCAGGUACCCCAAGACAAACGCGUGGAACAUAAUGCUAGGAAUGAACUUGUGGGGUACCAUAUACAACAUGUUGUUCAUGUUCGGCUGGCCAGGUGCUAUCGGGUACGAUGCAGUACAAUUCUGCCGGAACCAUCCAGAAGCUGCCUGGGACAUACUCCUCUACUGUCUGUGUGGUGCGGUAGGCCAGAAUUUCAUCUUCUUGACUAUAAGCCGAUUCGGUUCCUUGACUAACACAACUAUAACAACAACUCGGAAAUUCGUGAGCAUAGUCGUGUCGUCUCUGCUGAGUGGGAAUCCUCUGUCCGAAAAACAAUGGGGAAGUGUGGUUAUGGUGUUCUCGGGAUUAUCUUAUCAGAUUUACCUGAAAUGGAAGAAAAUUAAGAGGACUCAGAAGAAGAGGAAGUCCACAUAA